AGAAGAGAAGGUCACAAUUCCAAGAUGGCAGCGCGCUGUGUGCUGGGGUCCAUCUGGACUUCUCUAUCUGGUGUUAAAUGUGUGGCUAGCAGCAGCAAUAUGAGUGCCUUUCAGAGUAUAACCAGUUGCCCUCAACUCUCGGUUUUUGGAAAUAUUCAAAGCAGAGGAAUUCGAUAUGGUGAGAUUCUCCUUGAAUCCUGUUGUAGCCAUAUGACAGCUCACGCUGCUAGCGUUGGCUAUGCUAGCAGUAGCGCAUCCAUUCAGUAAGCUUUGUCCUUCGAUAAGGAUUAUUUUAGGAAUUAAAGACAACUGAUUAUAAGAAUUCGAUUAUUUGAACGACCAUGUUGCAGUUGCAUUUAUUUUUUCAACGAACUAGAAGCACAAGCUAAGGUAGAUUGCCGGUUUGUUAUGAAACAGGGCUUGACUGACGGCCUGGAAUUGUACUAAGUGGCAAUUUUGUCUGUGUUUACAGUCGUGGAAAAGAAAGAAGGCAAAACAACAAUAGUAAGUGACAAGCUUGCUAACCUGUUGGUUCUUCAUUGCACACUACUCAUUUUGUGGUUUCUGUGUUGUGAUGUGUUGCGUUUCUCUAGCUAUGUCGAUUUAUUGCAUUUAACUAAAUAGUACUAGUCAAUAUGGUAUCCACACAAGAUAUAAGACAAUCUCUAUACCAUGUUACCUAUAAACACUUUAUCUAGCUAGUAAAUGUCUACAGUAGAUUGGAAGUAUUUUGCGCGGUAGUCAUUGACUGUCAUUACAUUAUUUGUCAGAUUGAGGGGUUAACACAGGAUACUCCAGCCGGACCACAUCCACCCAACCCCACAGCCCAGUGCCCCAUCUACCGAUGGAACCUGCAGAAUAAAUACAACUACACAGUAAGUGUUUCACUGACACCUGACUGAAUACUUAGCUACUGCCUCUCGACUGCUCAGCAGAAAUAUCAUAGUGAACGUGAUCAGUGCUGGUCCACACACUCACAUCUGCUACGUGUCUCAUGCAUUUUAUAUCAGUAUGUGUGCCUGUGUAUCAGUAUUUGUGCCUAUCAGUAUGUGUGCCUGUUCUAUGAGCUCAGACGUACAGUAAUUCCCUGUGUUUUUCUUUGUCAGGAUGUCCUGUUGCUCAGUCAGUUCAUCAGGUCUGAUGGAGGAAUGCUGCCUCGUAGAGUCACUGGUCUCUGUGCCCAAGAGCACCGCAAGAUCGCCAUCUGUGUGCAAAUGGCACACAGAGCAGGUACGAUACUCGGUGUGUGUCAGCUCUGGAUACUCAACUAUUGUGAAGUGUAUUCUCUUCAAGAUGGUAAACAUACUCUUUUCUAUUCCAGGUCUUCUCCCCGAUCACAAACCACCUCUCCCAGAGGGACACGUACCAAAGAAGCCCAAGCCACAGCUCAACAGGUAACUAGUGUGUGUGUGUUUGACUCCUGCAGUGUCUCAGUGUAUAUACCCUCUCACUCCUGUAUUGUUGCUUGUUAGACCUCUCAUCACAUUACCUUUCAACACUAACUAUUGUGCGUCGACUUUCGCUAACCUUCUGCUGUAUCGUUGUCUCUGGCCAACUCACACCUGUGUCGUUUCAUCACACAGAUACCUGACUCGCUGGUCCAUUGAUUCGGUGAAGCCCAUCUAUAGGGCGGGGCUGAAGUGGUGUAAAAAUCGCAUCUCUGUCGGCCACCCAGCUCUUAGAAACAACGUACAAUACGGCAAGAAAAUCCUCUACCUGAAACAUUGAAGACUUGCAGCAAUUCUAUUGGAUGUCUGUCCCCAUGGUACUGCUUCCUCAUUUGGGACUCGUCCAUUGACUUUGAAAACGAGCCUUUUGAACAGCUGAGGGAGCAUCUGAAUUGGUCCAGCCUAUUUAUUGACCUUUAGUGGCUGUUUCACAUUGGAACAAGUCAUUCGGAGCAGUACCCAGAAGCAACACCCAUUCUGUAAUUUGGCCUUUGAAGAUGCCCUGAAAAUUAACUAAAAACCUCCACAUUUACCGCAAGAGCAAUUGGAUCAGUGUAACACUGUUUCGAUGUAGGUAGUAUGUUGACAUUGUGUACUUCAAGACAGCCCAGAUGUGCAAAUAAAACUUAUCUGCUUACUCUCCCUCCACUAUCUGUUUACUGUGUAUGUUUGCAUGAGUGUGGGAGUAAGCAUUUACUGGGCCUAUUAGCAGAAGUAGCCAAGUGCAUGUGGAAGUAAAUCACAAAGUGAAUGAUUUUUGUUUCUG